AGAGACGUGAUGUCUAGGCAGACGAAAUCACGUGAUGACAUCAUUGGCGUACGUGCGGUCGCUAAAAUAAAUAUAUAUAUAUAUAUAAUGGAACUUGGUACGCAGCAUGAAUAUGAAAACACAACGUCUUGUACGGGGUUGUCGGACACUUCUUGCCCAUUGUUAAGUAUGGGUGAAAACAGCAACCCCAUCAGUGUGAUUCUUGUAAGUUCAGGAAGCAGAGGCAAUAAGUUGCUCUUCCGAUAUCCAUUCCAGAAAAAUCCAGAAAUGUAUUCAUCAUUGACAGAUAAUCCAAGGAGCUGUUAUGCUUUAAAUAAUGCUGGAGACCGCAGAGAAGAUGCAGAUGGAGAUCCAAAGUUUUCGGAUAUCAUACUUGCAACCAUUUUGGCUACAAAGUCAGACAUGUGUGGUAAAAAAUUUGAGUUGAAAAUUGACAAUGUACGUUUUGUUGGCCAUCCAACCCUGCUACAACAUGCCCUGUGCCAGGUAUCAAAAACGAAUCCUUCUCCAAAGAGAGAGAUGCCUACAAUGAUUCUAUUUAAUGUAGUAUUUGCAUUGAGGGCCAACGCAGAUCCCUCUGUAAUAAACUGCAUGCACAACCUGUCACGUCGAAUUGCUAUAGUUUUGCAACAUGAGGAAAGACGUUGUCAGUACUUGACCAAAGAAGCCAAGCUCAUCUUGGCCAUUCAGGAUGAAGUUUCCACUAUGUCUGAAAAUGGUGGUCCACAGUCGCCAUUUCAUCAUAUUUUGCCAAAAUGUAAACUGGCAAAGGACCUAAAAGAAACUUAUGACAGUCUAUGUACUACUGGUAUGGUGCGACUCCAUAUCAAUAACUGGUUGGAAGUCAGUUUUUGCUUGCCUCAUAAGAUACACUGUGUUGGACCAAGUUUCAUUCCUCCAGAAGCAAUAGAAAGAAGUUUAAAAUCUAUCAGGCCAUACCAUGCAAUGCUGCUUCUGAAAGAUGAGAAAAUCUUACUGAAUGAGCUUCCACUGGAUUGUUCUCCAGCAUUAGUAAGAAUCAUCAAGUCUGCAUCUGCAGUGAAGAACCUGCAGCAGUUGGCUCAAGAUGCUGACCUAGCCUUAUUGCAGGUUUUCCAGCUUGCUGCACACUUGGUGUAUUGGGGCAAAGCAAUUAUAAUAUUUCCAUUGUGUGAGAACAAUGUCUAUAUGCUGUCUCCAAAUGCCAAUGUUGGCCUUUAUUCAUCAUUGGCAGAAAAAUUUUCAACUCAAUUCCCUGCACAAGAUCUCCCAUUGGUUCUUGCAAAAUUUUCACUUCCUCUUUCGCUGUCGGAGUUUAAAAACCCAUUGUCACCUCCAGGUCAGGAGACUAACCUUAUACAGAUGGUUAUUUGGAUGCUGCAGCACCGACUUCUGAUUCAAAUCCACACAUAUGUAUGUCUCCUGGUGCCUCAAAGUGAAGAUUCCAGUUUAUCAAAAAAUGAAGAUACACCCUUUGCUACCAGGAUUGGGGGAAGAAGUCUGAGCACUCCAAAUGCACUUAGCUUUGGCUCUCCAACUAGCAGUGAUGACAUGACACUGACCAGUCCCAGUAUGGAUAAUUCAAGUGCUGAACUACUGCCAGGAGGUGAUUCACCAGUUAACAAAAGAGCAACAGAAAAUCUUCUUGCUAGCCUUUCUGAAAAUGAGAAGGAAGCCAUUCUAAAUGUCCCUGCAGCUCAAAAUCAAGAGGACCUCAAAAUGUUUACAAGGCUUAUUCACUAUUUCUGGGGACAUCAUCACUUAGAAGAGAUUAUGUAUAAUGAAAAUAUGCGACGGUCACAACUUUUGAUGCUGUUUGAUAAAUUCCGAAGUGUACUUGUAGUGACAAACCAUGAGGACCCAGUUCUAUCCAUCUUUCAGUCAGUUUUUCCUUGAUGAUAAGGUUCCUACUGUGAAUAAGCUGUCCCCAUUUUCCCACUGUGUGUGUAUACUUACCAGAAAAAUUUAAAAAUUGUCCAUUAAAAAUUAUAGCUAAAAUACAAUAA